AUGCAAGGGAACGAGGAGACAACAGCGAGCGCCCAAUAUAUUCCUGUUGUCAAUAUAGCGGCAAUGGUUAUUUGGAUCGUUAUUGGUGCUUCAGCAAUUAUCUGUAAUGUUUUCGUUAUUGUUAUUAUUCAGCGUAAUAAGCGAUUAAGAUGCUUAUCAAUGUAUAAACUUAUGACCAGUAUGUUCGCCGGUAAUUUGGUAUUGGCAAUUUUCUAUGUAUGCUUAAAAUAUGCUUUCCCAUUUCAUAAUUUACUUAAAGUCUAUUGUUCAGUAUCCAUAUUAUUAGCCAUGGGAAUGGCAUUUAAUACCGCUAUUCAUCAUAGUGCGAUUAGCAUCGAUCGCUAUAUUGCCGUUUCCAGACCGAUUAAAUAUCGCCGGUUAACUACUAGUCAUGGUAUUCGUUUAAUUAUUGCUAUAAUUUGGAUGCUAUCAUUAUUGAUUGGAUUUACGCCAGUAUUAACCUAUCGUCGAAUUGAUACCAAUAAAUGCUAUGGCCUGGAAGAUUAUUCUACUUUUGACGCUAAUCAUUUUAUGGCUAUUACAGGGAUCUUCUUUUUGGUACCGUUAGCCAUUAUUAGUUAUUGCUACGUCAGAAUUUAUACUCUGAUUAAUAGGAGAUGGAGAGUACGCUUUAAUAGUGCUAAUACUAAGUGUACAUCACGUUUCCGUAAAAAAAAUACCAAAAUGGCUAAGCAGAUGGCUGUUAUGACUCUCGUUUAUGCCGCUAUGGGCUUCCCCUACACCGUAACAAGCGUCUUACAUUAUACUAAAGUAUCGACUAAUAUUAAUUUCACUUCAGCCUAUUUCGUACCCAGAAUCAUCUUCUUCUUAUAUCCAACGGUAUCAACCUUGUUGUACUGCUAUUAUAUUAAAAGCUUAAGAGCUGCUAUUAUUAUUGUCUUUAAGAAAAAACCGUCGCCUCAGUCUAGGGCAACAAUAUCGCUUGAAGCAUCUUUAGCCUCUAGUAACAGGAUUUCUAGUAAGGUGAUACCAGCGAUUGGUAAAACCGUAACGAAUGUAGAAACGGUCGACGAUCAAGUUCGCUUCGCUGCAUUUUAA